AUGUGGUUCGAAAGACAAGAAAGAUAUGAGGGAGAGCGUAGAGUCGAAGCAUUGAGUGAAGUAGUCUACAAGUAUAAACCUAAACAAUCUACUUUAAUUGAAAUCAAUGAGCCUGAACAA